AUGGAUCUCAUUCGAACUUACAACUUGGCGUCUGUUCUGGCUCCUGGUGAGCUUCUCAUCGAUGCGAUGUGUGAUACCGAUGUGAACUUGUGUUUACCAGUGGUUGCUUGCGAUCUCAGGCCGAGCGCGGACAUGGAGAUCCUACGCAAAACUCUACCACCAUUGGAUACAUCGCCAACAGGGCCCUUCCAUAUCUGUCACAUACCAAACGAAAUGGUUGAAAAUGGCAUCACUAUCACAGGAACCACCGUCUAUGUGACCACAGGGCCCUCUGGUACCAAAGACCAUGAAAAUGCGACCAGUACUCUCUAUUCGCUUACCUCGGGACUUAGAACUUCCAUCAAAACACUUUGGAGCAUCCCCUAUGAUGCCGGGCAUGUGAAGAAGCCUGGUACAUUUGCGCGUAGCUCAGGUGCAACCCCGGCAUUGCUAGGAGGUCGGUAUGUGGCUAUCACGGACAAUGCAAACAGCUGGGACAGCCUAGUCGUUUAUCAUCAGAAAGCGCAGAAUGGUUCUUCGCAGACUAUUUGCAGUGUCCCGUUAUUUGAAUCGGGGCUAAGCAAUGUCGACACCGCACCUCUAACUCACCGCGAUGGCAAUACCUAUGGUGUGACGCUUUGCAACGAUUUCAAUGCACUAACCCUAUACUAUGUGGACCCGGGCUUGGAUGGGAAAUUCAAUAACCUAACGCCUCUUGGUGUGAUCCGCGUUGAUAUCGCUGCCGAUGGCAGUUCCUGCAAAGUUGCCUGGGAGAAUGACCUGAGGGUCCAGUCUGUUCCGCUUCUUCACACCAGAAUGGCCUAA